UUUAUGAAUUAACACGAGUUCGACUCUCACCCUUCUCUAACUCAUUCCCUCUCCCUCUCUCCCUGCUCGACUCUCCUGAGAAUCAUGGCGUUGAGAUCGCUUCGUCUCCCUCGCGAUCUCUGUAAAACCCUUCGUCUCCUUCACCGCACCCCUCUCCAAAACCCUAAUCCCUACUCUCCCUACUCUCCCUCCCCCUCGGUCGCUUCGGCUUAUCCUUCGCUGCUUCAGUGGAGAUCUCGCUCCGACGCAGCGCCCCAGAUCCCUAUUAAGGAGAGUGGCGAAGAGGGGAAAGGAGGGAGUGGAUCCGAUAGCUUCGCCUCCUCGCUAAAUCCAGCGGAGGUCGCCAAAUUCGCUGCCAUAGCCGAAACCUGGUGGGAUUCCGAAGGUCCAUUCAAACCAUUGCACUUGCUUAAUCCUAGUCGAAUAUCCUUCAUUCGCUCUACGCUUUGUCGUCAUUUCAGGAGAGACCCAUACUCAGCUAGGCCGCUUGAAGGAUUAAAAAUUAUCGAUGUAGGAUGUGGUGGUGGCAUUCUUUCAGAGCCGCUAGCUCGGUUGGGAGCUGCUGUUACAGGCAUUGAUGCUGUGGAAAAGAACAUUAAGAUUGCUCGCAUUCAUGCUGCAUCAGAUCCCCUGACUGCAUCUAUUGAAUAUUGUUGCACUACAGCUGAGGAUUUAGUCAGACUGAAUAAGCAAUUUGAUGCAACAAUUGCUCUUGAGGUGAUUGAGCAUGUUGCAGAUCCCUCAGAUUUUUGCAGGUCACUUGGAGCCUUAACAGCUCCUGGUGGUGCCACUGUGAUCUCUACCAUCAAUCGCACAUUGCGAGCAUAUGCUACUGCCAUAGUUACUGCCGAGCACAUUCUUAAUUGGCUCCCAAAGGGAACGCACGAGUGGUCCAAAUUUCUCACUCCAGAGGAAUUAGUCAUGAUAUUGCGGAGAGCUUCAUUCUCUGUAGAGGAAAUGGCGGGGGUCUUUUACAACCCAUUGACCGGAGAAUGGUCUCUCUCCGACGAUAUCAGCGUCAAUUACAUUGCUUUCGGCGUCAAGCAGGCCUCCUAGCCGUUUUCUCAAUUCGUGCUCCCUUCUUGAAUUUUAGUCCGUGUUUUUUCUAGUUUUUAUUUUUUGUUUCGGUUUUGUUUUAAAUAGGCUUUAUGGUUAAUAUUGGCUAUUUUAUUGGAGCCAAUUUGUCUUUGUAAUCCUUCAAUUUUUACACUGUUCAAACCCAGAAAAUGUUGAAUACGAUUGGCCAUGGAAUGGCCACGACCAGGCGGGAACUCCUAAAAAGAACUUUCUCAAAGAUGAUUUUUGGUGAAGAAUACCUAAAAAUUUUUUUGCAAAGUGAACCAAA